AUGUCCUACAACGAUCCAAACUCAAAUGGUCAGUAUUAUAAUAAUGAUGAUGGGAAUGGCGACGGUAAUUACCCUACGUAUCAAGUGACACAAGAUCAAAAUGCGUACGACGAAUACGGCCAACCAGCUUACACACAAGACCAGCUAGAUGAUGGUUAUUAUGACCCAAAUGAACAAUAUAUUGAUGGCGUACAAUUUUCUCAAGGACAAGAUCCUUCGCAAGACAAUGACCGCUACAAUAACAAUGCUGGUUACUACAACCAACCCCCUAAUAUGAUGAAUCCAUCUUCACAAGACGGAGAGAACUUCUCUGAUUUUAGCAGCUAUGGUCCUCCUUCGGGCAGUUAUCCCAACGAUCAAUAUACGCCCUCUCAAAUGAGCUAUCCUGAUCAGGAGGGCUCUUCAGGGGCCUCGACUCCCUAUGGAAACGGUAUAGUUAGCGGUAAUGGGCAGUAUUACGAUCCCAACGCGAUUGAAAUGGCUUUGCCAAAUGACCCUUAUCCUGCUUGGACUGCAGAUCCUCAGUCUCCAUUACCCAUCGGACAAAUUGAAGAUAUUUUUAUAGAUUUAACGAAUAAAUUUGGUUUUCAGAGAGAUUCCAUGAGAAAUAUGUUUGAUCAUUUUAUGACCCUUUUAGAUUCUAGAUCUUCCAGGAUGUCUCCGGAGCAGGCUCUAUUAUCUCUACACUCAGACUACAUCGGUGGUGAUACUGCUAACUACAAGAAGUGGUACUUUGCUGCACAACUUGAUAUGGAUGAUGAAAUUGGUUUCAGAAAUAUGAAACUGGGUAAGCUAUCAAGAAAGGCAAGGAAGGCCAAGAAGAAAAAUAAGAAAGCUAUGCAAGAGGCCAAUCCUGAAGAUACCGAAGAGACUUUGAACCAAAUUGAGGGUGAUAACUCUUUAGAAGCUGCUGAUUUCAGAUGGAAAUCAAAAAUGAAUCAACUUUCUCCAUUUGAAAUGGUUCGCCAAAUCGCUUUAUACUUGUUAUGUUGGGGUGAGGCAAAUCAAGUCAGAUUUACUCCAGAAUGCCUUUGCUUUAUUUACAAGUGCGCCUCUGAUUACUUAGAUUCUCCACAAUGUCAACAGCGCCCUGAUCCCUUACCUGAAGGUGACUUCUUAAAUAGAAUCAUUACUCCUUUGUAUUGUUUUAUUAGGAAUCAAGUUUAUCAAAUUGUGGAUGGUCGUUACGUGAAGAGCGAGAAAGAUCAUAACAAAGUUAUCGGAUAUGAUGAUGUUAACCAAUUAUUUUGGUAUCCAGAAGGUAUAGCCAAAAUUGUUAUGGAAGAUGGAACUAGAUUGAUUGAUUUACCGGCAGAAGAACGUUAUUCAAAGUUGGGAGAUAUCACAUGGGAUGACGUCUUCUUCAAAACUUAUAAGGAAACACGUUCUUGGUUACAUUUGGUUACCAACUUCAACCGUAUUUGGAUCAUGCAUAUCUCAGUGUACUGGAUGUAUUGUGCUUAUAAUUCUGCGACUUUCUACACUCACAACUAUCAACAAUUGGUAAACAAUCAACCUUUGGCAGCUUAUAAAUGGGCCACAGCAGCAUUAGGUGGCACCGUAGCGUGUCUAAUUCAAAUCGCUGCUACUCUCUGCGAAUGGUCGUUUGUACCAAGGAAAUGGGCUGGUGCUCAACAUUUGUCUCGUAGAUUCUGGUUCUUGUGCGUUAUUUUGGCUAUUAAUUUAGGCCCUGUGAUAUUCGUUUUCGCCUAUGACAAAGACACCGUAUAUUCGACUGCCGCUCAUGUGGUCGGUGCAGUUACGUUUUUCGUUGCUGUGGCAACGCUUGUUUUCUUUUCGGUGAUGCCAUUGGGCGGAUUAUUUACAUCCUACAUGAAAAAAUCCACGAGAAGCUAUGUCGCAUCGCAAACUUUCACGGCGUCUUUUGCUCCAUUGCAUGGUUUAGACAGGUGGAUGUCUUAUUUGGUAUGGGUCACUGUUUUUGCUGCUAAGUAUGCAGAAUCGUAUUUCUUUCUAAUCCUAUCGUUAAGAGACCCAAUCAGAAUUUUGUCCACUACCUCAAUGAGAUGUACUGGUGAGUACUGGUGGGGUGCGAAACUUUGUAAAGUGCAGCCUAAAAUCGUGUUAGGUUUAAUGAUUGCGACAGACUUCAUUCUGUUCUUUUUGGAUACUUAUCUGUGGUAUAUCGUUGUAAACACUAUUUUUUCCGUUGGCAAAUCGUUCUAUUUAGGUAUUUCUAUUUUAACACCAUGGAGAAAUAUUUUCACCAGAUUACCAAAAAGAAUUUACUCCAAGAUUUUGGCCACUACUGAUAUGGAGAUUAAAUACAAACCGAAAGUUCUAAUUUCUCAAAUAUGGAAUGCUAUCAUUAUUUCCAUGUACAGGGAACAUUUACUGGCCAUCGACCAUGUACAAAAAUUACUCUACCACCAAGUUCCAUCUGAAAUUGAAGGUAAAAGAACUUUGAGAGCACCUACUUUCUUUGUUUCUCAGGAUGACAACAAUUUCGAUACCGAAUUCUUUCCCAGAGAUUCCGAAGCUGAGCGUCGUAUUUCAUUUUUUGCCCAAUCUUUGUCCACUCCAAUUCCUGAGCCUUUACCAGUUGAUAAUAUGCCAACAUUUACUGUCUUAACUCCUCAUUAUGCUGAAAGGAUCUUGCUAUCAUUAAGAGAAAUUAUUCGUGAAGAUGACCAAUUUUCGAGAGUCACUCUUUUAGAAUAUCUGAAACAAUUGCACCCAGUAGAAUGGGACUGUUUUGUUAAAGACACCAAGAUUCUGGCUGAAGAAACGGCUGCGUACGAAAACAAUGAAGAAGAGCCUGAAAAGGAGGACGCUUUGAAGUCUCAAAUUGAUGAUCUUCCCUUUUAUUGCAUUGGUUUUAAGUCAGCUGCUCCGGAAUAUACACUACGUACGAGAAUCUGGGCUUCUUUAAGGUCACAAACCUUAUAUCGUACAAUCUCUGGUUUCAUGAAUUAUUCAAGGGCUAUCAAGUUACUGUACCGUGUGGAAAAUCCAGAAAUUGUUCAAAUGUUUGGUGGCAAUGCUGAUGGUUUAGAAAGGGAAUUGGAAAAAAUGUCAAGAAGAAAGUUUAAAUUCUUGGUUUCUAUGCAAAGACUGGCCAAGUUCAAACCGCACGAACUAGAAAACGCUGAGUUUUUGUUAAGAGCUUAUCCUGAUUUACAGAUUGCUUACUUGGAUGAAGAACCUCCUUUGAACGAAGGUGAAGAGCCAAGAAUAUAUUCUGCUCUAAUUGAUGGUCAUUGUGAGAUUUUAGAGAACGGCCGUAGACGUCCCAAGUUUAGAGUACAGCUAUCUGGUAAUCCAAUUCUUGGUGAUGGUAAAUCAGAUAACCAAAAUCACGCUUUGAUUUUCUACAGGGGUGAAUACAUCCAACUGAUUGAUGCUAAUCAAGAUAACUACUUGGAGGAAUGUCUAAAGAUCAGAUCUGUUCUCGCAGAAUUUGAAGAACUGGGUAUUGAACAAAUUCAUCCUUAUACUCCUGGUCUGAGAUAUGAAGACCAACAAACAAACCAUCCUGUCGCGAUUGUUGGUGCGAGAGAGUACAUUUUCUCUGAGAAUUCUGGUGUCCUGGGUGAUGUGGCUGCUGGUAAAGAACAAACAUUCGGUACACUAUUCGCUCGUACCUUGGCGCAGAUUGGUGGUAAAUUGCAUUAUGGUCAUCCAGAUUUCAUUAAUGCUACAUUCAUGACAACUAGAGGCGGUGUUUCCAAAGCGCAAAAGGGUCUACAUCUUAAUGAAGAUAUUUAUGCUGGUAUGAAUGCUGUGCUUCGUGGUGGUCGUAUUAAGCAUUGUGAAUAUUAUCAAUGUGGUAAGGGUAGAGAUCUUGGUUUCGGUACAAUUUUAAAUUUUACGACAAAGAUUGGUGCCGGUAUGGGUGAACAAAUGUUAUCUCGUGAGUACUACUACCUGGGCACCCAAUUACCUGUGGAUCGUUUCUUGACGUUCUACUAUGCCCAUCCUGGUUUUCAUUUGAACAACUUGUUUAUUCAAUUAUCUUUGCAAAUGUUUAUGCUGACUUUAGUGAACUUAUCUGCCUUAGCUCAUGAAUCUAUCAUGUGUAUAUAUGAUAGAAACUUACCAGUUACUGAUGUUUUGUUUCCAAUCGGUUGCUACAAUUUCCAGCCUGCUGUUGAUUGGGUGAGACGUUAUACGCUGUCUAUUUUCAUCGUCUUUUGGAUUGCGUUUGUUCCCAUUGUCGUUCAAGAAUUAAUUGAACGUGGUCUAUGGAAAGCAACUCAAAGAUUCUUCCGCCAUAUUUUAUCCCUAUCACCGAUGUUUGAAGUUUUUGCCGGCCAAAUCUAUUCUUCUGCACUAUUAAGCGAUAUUGCCGUUGGUGGUGCUCGUUAUAUCUCAACGGGUCGUGGAUUUGCUACGUCACGUAUACCUUUCUCCAUCCUUUAUUCAAGAUUUGCUGGUUCAGCCAUAUACAUGGGGUCAAGAUCAAUGUUGAUGCUAUUUUUUGGUACUGUAGCACAUUGGCAAGCUGCAUUAUUAUGGUUUUGGGCAUCAUUAUCUGCCCUGAUCUUUGCACCAUUCAUUUUUAAUCCGCAUCAAUUCGCUUGGGAAGAUUUUUUCCUAGACUACAGAGAUUAUAUUAGAUGGUUAUCAAGAGGUAAUAAUAAGUAUCACAGAAACUCAUGGAUUGGUUAUGUGAGAAUGUCAAGGUCUCGCAUCACCGGUUUUAAGCGUAAACUGGUCGGUGAUGAAUCAGAAAAAUCUGCAGGUGAUGCAAGUAGAGCUCAUAGGACCAAUUUGAUUAUGGCAGAAAUCAUACCGUGUGCAAUUUAUGCAGCAGGUUGUUUUAUUGCUUUUACAUUUAUCAAUGCUCAAACUGGUGUCAAGAACACUGAUUAUGACAGAGUGAACUCUACUUUACGUAUUAUUAUCUGCACCUUAGCACCCAUUGUUAUCGAUAUUGGGGUUUUAUUCUUCUGUAUGGGUAUGUCGUGCUGUUCUGGUCCUCUGCUGGGUAUGUGCUGCAAGAAAACAGGCUCCGUGAUGGCGGGGAUUGCUCACGGUGUCGCAGUUGUUGUCCAUAUUGUCUUUUUCAUUGUCAUGUGGGUUUUAGAGGGUUUUAGUUUUGUCAGGAUGUUGAUUGGUGUUGUUACAUGUAUUCAAUGUCAAAGGUUAAUUUUUCACUGUAUGACAGUUCUAUUGCUAACCCGUGAGUUUAAGAACGAUCACGCUAAUACUGCUUUUUGGACAGGUAAAUGGUAUAGUACUGGUCUAGGAUAUAUGGCGUGGACUCAACCUACGAGAGAAUUGACAGCAAAAGUCAUUGAGCUUUCCGAGUUUGCAGCGGAUUUUGUCUUGGGGCAUGUGAUUUUGAUCUUCCAACUACCGGUUGUUUGCAUUCCGAAUAUUGACAAGUUUCAUUCUAUCAUGUUAUUCUGGUUAAAACCAUCUCGGCAAAUUCGUCCUCCUAUUUAUUCCCUGAAACAGGCACGUCUACGUAAACGUAUGGUGAGGAGGUAUUGUAGUUUAUACUUCCUAAUUUUAAUCAUAUUCGUGGGAUGCAUUGUCGGUCCAGCGGUUGCUUCAGCUCAUGUUUCACAUGACCUUGGAUCUGGACUGAAAGACACUUUCCAUAACUUAGUACAACCAAGAAACGGAUCUAACAAUGAUACUGGACAUCAGAUCUCAACUUAUAAGAGUCAUUACUACACUCAUACACCAUCCUUGAAGACCUGGUCUACCAUCAAAUGA